GUAAGCAGUUGUCAUCGGCUCCUUCGCUCAUAAAUCUGUCCUUCUGUCCAACUGCAUCCAUUUCUCGUCAGGAAGAGAAGAAGGAGAAGAAGGAAGGUAUAUGGAUAACCUCAAUCUCCUACUCUGCGACGAACUCCUCUUGGAAAUCCUACGACGACUGCCUUCCUCUUCAAACUCUACCUACUCCAUCUCCCUCGUCUGCAAGCGCUGGCUCUCCCUCCAUCGCUCUUCCAAGACAAUCCUAUCCGUCCGUCUCCCACCUAAUCACAACAACAAUAACAACUCAGUCUCAUUUCCUUCUUUCUCUACCCUCCUCUCUCGCUACCCCUCUCUGUCCGCUCUCACCGUCAUCCCCGACGCAUCCUCGACCGUUGAUCACGACCCCGAUUCCCUCCUCCUGUCAAUUAUCUCCAAUUGCCGCAACCUACGCCAUCUCCGCUUCCUCGCGGGCCCCACCUCGCCAUCGGCCCUUUGCUCCCUCGCCGCCUCAUGCCGCCAUCUCACCUCCCUCAGCAUCUCCUCCUCCCCACCUCUCUUCUUCUUUCGCUGGGUCACCUCCUUCCCCUUCCUCAAGGAGCUCUCCGUCGUCGACGACUGCCGCAGUGGCCGACGCACUGGACCUGAUGUGUAUAAUGGCGGUGAGGAUGAUGAAGAUGGAGAAUUUACGGAAUUGCCACUGGAGAGCCUCUGCUUGUCGGGAAUUAGGGCGGGCGAUCUUGGGAUGGGCUGGCUCUGGCGCAGCUGCACGAGGCUCCGCAGACUGCAGCUUCGCAGCUGCCAGGGCACUGGUGAUGGCCCUGCUUUCGCAUCGUUCGUCCGGUGCCUGCACGGGCUCCACGAGCUCGACCUCCGGACGUGCCGUAGCAUUGCCGACGGUGUCCUGCUCCGCCUUGCGGAGCACUGUGCAUCCCUCACAUCCCUCCUCCUCUACGAUGGUGGCAGCCGUGACGGCCUCCACUGGUUCAUCACGCACUGCAGGCCGACCCUCCGACGGGUCGACCUCCGCCUACCCCUCGACCUCGACGACCACCAUCUCUCUGCCAUUGCAGAGAAUUUCCGGGGCCUCUCAAGCCUCCGCCUGCAGAGCUGCUGCCUUGUCACCGGUCACGGCCUCAAGCUGCUGGGUCCUGCCUUGAGUAAUGGGCUGGAGGAGCUUGUCCUUAUAAAUUGCGACGUUGUUGAGAGAGAGCCCGGUCUGCUGACUUCCUUGGGGCAGAACCUGCGGCAGCUCCGGAAAUUGGACCUGUCUUACAAUGACAUGCUGCUUGACAAGGAGCUGGGGUCAAUGCUUCCUUCGUGCAAGGAUCUGGUAGAUGUCAGGCUGAGAGGGUGUGGGGCCCUUACGGGUGCUGCUCUGGUUUCCAUGCUCCAGUGCUGCAAGCUUCUGGAGAGUGUUGAUAUCACUCAGUGCCGUGGAAUUGGGGUGGGAGCUGUGGAGAUGUUUCUUCUUAAGUCAUCGAGAUUGAAUCGGAUUCUUAUUGAGGAAUGCAAGCUCUCCAAUGCUGCGAAGGAAUGUGCAUUGAGGAAAGUUAUCCAAUUUGGUUGACCGAUGAACAGAAUCAACCAACUCAAUGGAGCAAAACAAGGAAAAAGCUUUGCACUGUAACACUAAUGAAUACGUAAAGGUUGGAUCUCAGGGAGAACUUGUCAGAGAUUGUGUCACUCCAGUCCAGUAAAAGGGCCUAGCCAAAAACUCUCAUAAAUGGUCGGCCGAAUAAAAUUUGAUAUGGGGAAUGAUGAUCAAUCACUGGAGUAUGGAGCCAACUGAUUUGGCAAGCUUUGAAGAUAUUGAUGUGAUGUGAGUUAUUGCUUUGAUCACAAUAUGGCAAAUAGUGAAAGUGUAAGUACAUUUUAAAUAAUGAAUUCUUAUUUGACACCCUUGAGGACAAUGAUGUUCCUUCCAUGGGCUUCUUGCAGGUUGUUAUGGGUCUUGUGUGUUCCGGAGAGUUCUUGUCU